CAUCAAUCAUCGCCACGAUAAGACCGACCACUAAUAAUUUUUUUGCACAUCAACCAGAACAAAGCAGCCAAGAUAUCACACUGAGUGAUCUAACUACAUAUACCAUUCCAAGGACCAUAAUUCACUGUUUUGAUUGCACUUCAUCCAGCUUGAGCCAAAGGAAACGACAAAAUGGGCGUUGCCAAACGAACAAGAAAAUUCGCAACGGUCAAGCGUAUGAUCGGAAAGAGGGAUGACCGUCGCAAGGAAGAUGCUGUCAAGAAGGCCGAGCUGGAGCUGAAGAAGAAGAAGGAGGAGGCGGUCCGCGAAGUGCCCCAGAUGCCGUCGUCCAUGUUCUUCCAGCACAACACAGCUUUGGUUCCCCCUUACCAAGUUUUGGUGGAUACCAACUUCCUCUCGAGGACAGUAGGAGCCAAGCUCCCUCUACUAGAAUCAGCGAUGGACUGUUUGUUUGCAUCAGCAAACAUCAUCAUCACAUCCUGUGUUAUGGCUGAGUUGGAAAAGCUGGGACCAAAGUACCGUGUAGCGUUAAUGAUUGCCCGCGAUGAGAGGUGGACACGCCUGACUUGCGACCACAAAGGCACAUACGCCGACGACUGCAUCGUCGACCGCAUACAAAAGCACCGUAUCUACAUUGUCGCUACAAACGAUCGCGACCUCAAAAGACGGAUUCGGAAGGUCCCUGGUGUCCCCAUCAUGUCCGUUAUGAAAGGCAAAUACGCCAUCGAGAGACUCCCCGGAGCUCCAGCUACAUGAGGUGCUUGUCGGUUGCCUACCUAGUAUAGGACAUCAACUCCCAAAAGGCCACCCAAAGUGCGCCUCGGCGCCAAAAGACGAGAUGAGCGCCCCAUUCGCGAGAGGAACACGGCCCAAAGCGCCGGCUUGCUGUUUGCCCAGGGAUCCGCGCUCAGUGCCACACCCCUGCUGUGGGAUGGCGGGUGACGGGGACCCAUAUCCGCAGUCUCGCACCUGGUGGUUGGCGGGGGAAGGAGGAACAUACGCUGCCUAUUUACAGCUGUAUGCAUUUAAUAGAUGGAUUGGCCGCAUUAGUUAGUGAAGUCAAGGGGCAUGCUGGGCUUUUUUACACAAACCAAAACCCGGAAUAGAGCUUCCCGUCAGCUACUCAACCCUACGGUCGCGCGUUAAUGUACGCAUCACCUUACAUUAAAAUGGGAAUUGCUCGUUCGUUAUCA